UGUUGAUCCAGUCAGGCUGACACUCGGUCUCUGGAGGCAGCGGCAGGCUCUGGCUCUUCUUCCUCUUUCUGCUGGCUUUCAUCUAAGCCACUAACCACCCAGAGAGAUCCAAGGAGGAAAACCUGCCAGAAGGGAAAGAAGAGUGGAAAGAAGUCAGCGCAGUGGAAGGAGAAUGGACUGAAGGCCGUCUGCAGCUGAAAGGAAACCAUGUCUUCGAUACUCACCUGGACCUGCUUCCUGCUGUGGAUCGGCUUCUCCCUGCAGGACAAAACCCCAGACGUCACUGUGACCUGCUUCGUCUCCAAGGAGUGUUCCCUUCCCUGCAGCUUCCAGCCGGGCGGCGAGGAAACCGUGGAGUGGUUCCGGCAGGACGUGGUCGUCUACAAGUUCGAGCGGAGCGACGACGACGACGAUGACGAUGAUGACGACGACGACAGCAGCGACAGCAGCAGCAGCAAAGAGCACGUCGAGCACGUCGAGCACGAGGAGCUCGCCGAACGAGCCUCCGUCUCCCCACACCUGGUAACCCGCGGCAACGCCACCCUCGUCCUCAGGAGCAGCAGCCUGAAGGACCGAGGCACCUACAGGUGUCACGUUCACACCAAGAAGGGCAAUCACACCGCCAAGGUCAUCCUCAAGGUGGAAGCGCCGAUCCAGGGCCUGUUCCUGGAGCUGUCCAGGCUCAGCGGCUAUGAGGAGAUGAAGUGCACGGUCCGGGACGUCUACCCGCCUCCUCGGGUCACCUGGGCGACCGAGCCGCCCACCUUCGAGGACCUCCGACCUGUCACACGGAUGCAGGCCGACAAGAAGGGCCUGUACAUGGUGGACAGCCGCCUUAAGAUGCUCAACGGGCGGCCGGACCUCAUCUACAUCUGCAAGGUCACCACUUCCUACGGAGGGCCGGCCUGGACGGCUUCGCUCAGGGAGAGAGAGAUUCGAGGCAGUCAGGGCCGGGACCUGACCAUCCCCUGCAGCUCUCCGGCUUACCUCAGCAGCCCAUCGCUCCACUGGAGCUUCUCCAAUGGCGAGGAGGAUCCGGCCCCCAUCCUCAGCUACGACAGCCGGUCGGGCCACAGCGUCUCGUCGCCGUCGUGGGACGACCACGUGGAGCUGGACGGCUUCAGGGUCCCGUUCGGGGACGGAUCCCUGCGACUGAUGGACCCCAAACACUCGGAGCACAGCGGCAGCUACAUCUGCGAGUUCUCCAUGCCGCACAGCCUGCACACCGAACGCAGCCAAGUCACCAUCGCUGGAGGUAUACGAAGCCCAGCAGAUGAUCAAUCUCAUUGGUGGAUCGUCGCCGUGGUGAUCGUAGGGCUGGUUCUGGCUCUAGCUGGGAUGUUGGCCUACCUGAAGCUGAGAGGAAGAAGCCCGAAGCCCAGAAAUGAUCCAGACGAGAUCACGGAGCUGCAUUCAGUCAAAGAUGCAGCAGCUGACAGUAACCUGAAUGAAAGCAGCCCGUUCGCUGUCGGCGGCACCAACGGACAGUCAAACCUCCAGACUGGGACUCGGCUGACCUGAGAACCAACAGAAAUGACGACCUAAACUAACAACGCACUAACAAGGCAAACACGCACACGGCUACACACUGAAGAGGAACGGAGGGCUUCUUGGAAACAGGAAGUCGCUUAAAGGAUUUAUUAUUAAAGGAUCACAGCGUACACUUUAAAGUUACUAUUUUGGCUUGUUUUUGAGUCUACAGCUACUUUCCAGACUGCGCAUGUUGACGUUGAACAGACGAUACUUUCAGCGCCUCCAUGAAGGGUUGCUGAGCCCUGAUAGAGCAGCAACGGAUCUGAAGUUGAACUGUUUGUUUGUGGAGAUCCCUACAAGUAGCUUCUUCUGAUUCUGAAAACCUGCUGGAAUCUCACGAGAGUCUGAAUUAUCUUGAAAGACUACCGAGAAGGUCAAGCUGAAGCACUUUCUGAUGGUCCAGGAGCUACUGUGGUAGUUUGCAGUGGAGCUUUAAGUCCUGCUCUCUCCAGACAGCAGUGAAACUAAAUUAACCAGCGUCUGUGGUGUAGGUUUGGCUCCAGAUGGUGAAUUUAUGACGUCUGAUGAUUUUAUUCCAAAACACAGACCACUUUGACUAAGAAAAGCUUCAUUGGAGAGAAAAUGAACCAUUAACUGACGUAUAAAGACGUAUACAGACCAUUGUUCGUAUAUCUCUGCAGUAGAGUGUUUUAUUCCUGCAACAGAAGAGUUUAGAUGAACCCGAAUCAGGCAAUACAGGUGAUAAAUCAUAGUUUUACUGCAGGAACUUGUAAUAGGAACUAUUACUGAGCAGCAUGUCUGCAGCAGAGGACGAAGCAUUUUCAGGAAUUUUCUGUCAUUGAUGGUGAUAUUAGGGAGGAAAAAACUGCUACGAGACGAGGACAAAUACUCAUUAGUGGUUUUUCAGAAGUACCUAUAUUGAAGUAGGUCCUUUAUUUCCAUCAAAAACAGCCUUCAGAGAGAUUCUACAGAGGAGGUUUCUUCAGCUUCCUCUAUUUUGGAUGUUCCAUCCUCUUAAACCUCCAUCAAAGUGCCUUAGGGUGAGUCAGCAGAACUGAACCCGACAAGAAAAACUGCACUAAUUUACUUCGACAUCGAGAUCCAAUCCACUGAUCGCAACGGUUCCACUGAAAUAUACUGAGUUGGCAGCAUAACUCCACCUUUUUAAAUGUUGGUGGGACAUUAUUCGCACACUGAGUAAACACCGGUUGCCAUGACGACAAGAGGUGGACGUUGUAUUGUUUGAUUAUGUUGACAAAAUGAUGGUGUUGGAGUUCUUCAAAGCAGAGAUGUGAUAAAGGGACUUCCUUUAGUUCCUGAUUUUGCACUAUUUCCUCGAAAGGGUCAUUGGAAGACUGAGAUUUGUGCCACCAUAAUGAAGCAAAACUUCCUAAAUAUUAAACAAAAAUAAGAAUUGAAUGCAAAAAAGUAACAUCACAGUAAAAUUAUAACUUUCAUACAAAUUAUGGGACUUUUUUUGAUCGCUUUUACCCUCACUGUUGGUUUUGACUGACCCAUACAUUGAUUCCAAAAUGCAAUUUGGACCAAUGGAAUUCACAAAUCACAAAGGCUGCAAGACUUGUCAACAGUUUGACAAACUCUUGCUACCGUCAGUGAAUGUUGAAGUGAAAUCUGACUAUAAAAAAUGUAAUUAUUAACCAAAAUGUGGUACCUAUCAGAAAACUAACAGGGAGACAUUUUCCAUAUAUCGAUUAGCCCUUUUGUUAGCUUUGUGCUAACUCUUUUGUUUUCUACUUGCUAAUGAGUUUUUCAGUGUCUGCGUUUUCGCUAUUCUCCUGCUCACUGAGCUAAUUUUAUUAUAACACAGCCCAAUUUCCAAAAAAUCUUGUUCACAUUUACAUAUUUUACAGUUUCUCUUGUCAGACAGUGAAACAAGUGUGACAUAGUGACUGAAACGCUGUCCGUUAGCAUGACAUAUUAGCCAGCGGUCACUACCAAACUGCUCCUCUGUGCCGUUAAUAUCCUGAAAUCACCAUAAGCAUGAGCUAAAAGCAGCUGUAUUGGGAAUUUGGUGUUAAUUAAAUCUGUAAUUUACACUCUGAUAGAAAGUUAGACGCAGCAGGGGGUGUUUAUUGAUUCUGAGUAUUAGCCAAUUAGCAAAAUUAACCAAUGUGGAUCGAAAAGUCAGGCAGCGAGAAGCCGACAGUGAUGGUAAAAGAUGCUGAGUGAACUGUGAAAAACACGCAUUAUCAAAAUUUAAAUAGUUUUUUUUUUCCUCAGUCAAAUUAGCGUCUUGGUUUAUUUUGGCACAAAUCUGCUUCCGUAUCAGAAAAUCUUUUGGGGGAAAAAACAAAAAGCUGCAUCAGAAAUCCUACAGACUCAAUGUUUUUGAGUCUGAUAUGCAAUAAAAAAAAGAGUUUGUGUCAUUAUUUAUGAUGUGAAAAACAGGCGAGGAUGUGUUUUCUUUUGAGGCUGGAGUCUAUGAAGGUUGUUCAAAUCAAAGACUAACCUCAUGUUCUGGCUCUAGCCUGAGCUUGAAGAGUUCUGCCUCCUGUUUUGUGAGUCAUAAAGGUUUACGAGAGUAAAUGAACAAAAAUGAACUUCACUGUUUAACCUGCUGUCAUUGUGCCUCGCUUGGUGCCUCGUUUCAUGAUUUAUACUUGACCUCUUUCGCAAAUGUGUCAUAAAGAUUGUUAUUAAAAAGACUAAUUGCUGA